AGUCUUCGUUACUGUGAGCAUUUUUGUUAGCUUCUUCUUCUAUUAGAGUUAGAGGAGGGGGCAGCUUGAAGCUGGAGAGUCAUUCAAUGUAACUUCUGGAUCAUUUGCUUUAGUAGUGUUUUCUUCUGUAUGGCUGGAUAACGAGGACGACCCAGCUGCCAUAUUCUCCAAACCCAUGUUACUAAUUGCAAGGAAGUAUGGAGAAACCCUUACAGCCUUGUGAAGAUACACUUUUGUCUUUGUUGUCUCUUGGUUUGCAGCUGCACCGGAACUCUGCUCGUUCUUCUUCCUGGGCUUCCUCUUCUCACUUGUGGACUGCUGGCUUCUUUUCUUCGCCGCUCUUGGUGCUUUUGGAUGAGAAUUCCAGUAGUUCUUAAUCUCAUUGUCGGUUCGACCUGGAAACCUUUUAGCAAUGAGAGACCAACGAUUUCCAUGUCAAAAUUUUUCAUGGACUUUCUACGUGUUGGUGAAAUUAAGCGAGUGAUUUGAAUUACAUAUUCGCGAGAUUAUCAUCUAUCUCCGCACAACCAACACGUCCUGCAUUUCCACUCCCGCCAAAAUUACCGUUCGGAUCCUAAUUAAUUUCCAUUUCAAAUCCGUAACUGACGCUAUUUAUACAUCUCUGUAGUCCACAGUGCACUCAUCUUUCAAAAUUCAAAGCGCAUUGCAUGUUUUCCCUCUUACAAUCCUCUCUCGCUGAAGAAAUCAUGAAAGGACCAAGAGCUGUUGCGAUCGCUCACAAGAAACCUGAUGCAGAAAUUUUGAGGAAACGCAAGGGAGAGAGCAAAACUACAAAGGAGAGAGCGAGGAGGAAGAAGGAUUCUGAUGUUCCCAAGCGUCCUCCCGGUGCUUUCUUUAUCUUCAUGGAGGACUUUAGAAGGUCAUUCAAAGAAAAUCAUCCUGAUAACAAAUCUGUUUCAGCUGUAGGGAAAGCCGGUGGGCAAAAAUGGAAGUCAAUGUCUGAUGCUGACAAAGCUCCAUAUGUUGAGAAGGCCAAAAGCAGGAAAGCAGAUUAUGUGAGAGCUGCUGAAGCUCACAAGAAAAAACUUAAUGGCAGUGGGGCUGAUGAAAAGCCCGAGGACUCUGGGAAAUCCACUUCUGAGGUCCAUGAUGAGGCUGAGGAAGAAUCCAGCUCCUAGAUAGAUCUCGGAGUUGUUUUGGAAUCAGUGUGUGUACAGUGGUGAAGUAAUCGUCAACUGAAAUAGUUGUAUGCUUCUUUUUCGCAUGUUAGUUUCCGUUGGUUUUUCAUGACUUCAAAGCCAACUCCUGUGCUGCAAACUUAUCGUCUAUUACAGUUUCCUUCGUGUCUUUUGUUAU